AUGAAAAUUAGAUCUGAAGAAAAAUUAUCAAAUUGCCAAAAAUCACUUAAUCACUAGAUUUCGAAACUGAAAAUGAGUACUAUUUUACUUAUUUACUCAUUUUCUAUCUUUUGUUUAUCAUUUGUUAUACUUUUAAUCUGUUCAAAUAUAGAAAUGAAUAUUGCUACAAAUUAAGUACAAGAAAUAUCAGAAUAAUUAUUGCCACUACAAAAUAAUAGGUAUUAAUUUAUUCGACAAUAGAGCCUUAAACAUGCAAUCAUAAGAAAUCAUUGCAAUUUUAAACUUUACUUUUUAUAUGAUCACCAAAAAAAUGGAAAAAUUGAGCAUAAUCAAUUAUUGGUCAAGCUCUAUCGAUUUGAAGAUAAAUCAAGAAAUUAUGCCUUGCAAAGUGUCACAAUAGUUUGAUGACAGUAUUUAAAAGUAUUUUGCUUGUUACUCUUAUUCAGAGUAUUUUCAGUAAAGCAGAAUAGAGGAAGUAUAAUUUUUUAAAUUACUGAAUCUUCUUUAUAUUAAUCAAUACACAUUUGAUUUUUUUAUAGUUUCACAAUAGAUAUACCUAGUCUCAUUUUUAGAUAAUUUAUUGACUGGAUAUUAUCCAACUAAAUUAAAAAAUGAAACCUUAGAAAUAAUAUAGAGAGAUUGGUUCAUAAGUUAUAUGUUAGAACUUCAACAAGGCAAACAGUUUGAACCUUAUAAGCUAGCUCCGAUUGUCAAGAUGGAAAAUUACGAUUAUCCAAUGUCCGCAUUUUCAAUGGUUAUGUUUGAUUCCAAAUAUAUGGUAGGUGGAGUGGGAUCCCUCUUAAUUAAUCUUCGCAACAUAGAAUAAUUUGUCUAUGUUAGUAGCUUAAGUAUUAUUCUAGUUUAUGAUGACGGAAUAAUUUUGUAUACUAAAAGCUAUAUCAAUGAAGGCAUUGCUAAGAGCAGGAUGUAUAUCUAUGAUGAAGAACAAACUGGAUUCAAUAUCUCCGAUUGGAAUGAUAUAAAAUAUUCGGUCAAUAACUCUGCCACUCCAAUUUAAAAAUACAACAGUUUACUUAAAUGCAAUAUGUAUAUUAAAGCAUCGCAAUAACCAAACACUCCAUUAAUUUCAUUAGUGUAUAUUUUUUGAUUUAUAAAAGCUUAACAAACUUAACUUAUGAGAAUGAAAUUAUCAAGGUUCUUGAUGAUUAAAUUGCCAUAGUCUUAUCUUGGUAUACAUAAACUAAUUUGUACACUAUAAUUAUUGGUAUGAUUAUAAUAUUGGGUACAUUAAUACCUUUAAAAUUUAUGUUUAAAUCUACUAAUGUAGUUAUAGAUAAGAUUAUCAGAUAUUUAAAUGGAAAAUUUGACUACAAAUUAACUUAUGACCUACUUGAUAGAACUGAAAUUUCAUCGCAUAACAAUUCAUUAAAUCAACUUGAAAUCUCCUAUCAUAAAUUGGAUCAAGUUUUAAAUAAAUCUUAAUUCAAAAAGUCUGAACUAUGUACCAUAUUUGAACACUUUUAAUUUGAGAAAUAAGAAAAAAUAAAGCUAGAUAUAUCCUUUAAAUAAUUGAAUGAUUAUAAUCAACAAUUAAACUUAAAAUAAUUUAGUCAACUAAUAAAAUAUCAAAUCGAAGAAAUUGAAUGA